AUGGCGGGAUCAGAAGAAACACCUGCCAUCGGGGUUGAUCUGGGUACAACAUAUUCGUGUGUUGCUGUAUGGCAGCAUGAUCACAUAGAAAUCAUUGUCAAUGACCUAGGAAACAGAACCACUCCAUCUCAAGUUGCCUUCACUGCUACUGAGAGAUUAGUCGGUCAAGCAGCAUCAAACCAGGCAAAGAUAAACCCGCUAAACUCUAUUUGGGAUUCAAAAAGGCUGAUUGGUAGAAGAUUCAGUGACAAUUCGGUUCAAAUUGAUGUGAAGCGCUGGCCAUUUAAAGUCAUUCAAGGUCUUCAUGAUAAGCCUAUGAUUGUGGUUACCCACAUGGGCCAAGAGAAGCAGUUUUCUGCUGAAGAUAUCUCAUCCAUGGUUCUCUCAAAGAUGCGGGAGAUUGCUGAGGCUUACCUUGGCUGUGCUAUUAAAAAUGCAGUAAUCACAGUCCCUGCUUACUUCAAUGACUCACAACGCCAGGCUACCAAAGAUGCUGGUAUCGCUGCUGAUUUAAAUGUGAUGAGUAUUCUCAAUGAACCAACUGCUGCAGCCAUUGCUUAUGGCCUUGAAAAGAAUGCUGGUUUGCAUGGCAAUAAAAUUGUGAUGGGUUUUGAUUUUGGUGGUGGUACUUUAGAUGUUUCAUUAGUCUCCAUUACUGGAGGUGUAUAUGAAGUGAAGGCCACAGCUGGAGAUACUCAUCUUGGUGGUGGGGACUUCGAUAACAAUAUGGUGACCUACUGUGUAGAGCAGUUCAAAAGGAAGCAUGGUUUGGAUGUUGGUCAGAAUGCUAAAGCUCUUGCAAGGCUGAGAGUUGAAUGUGAGAAGGCAAAGAGGAGACUCUCAUGUGUGUCUGAAACAGAAUUUGAAAUCAGCUGUCUAUAUUGGGAUACUGAUUUUGAUACAACUAUUACGCGUGCCAAAUUUGAGGAGCUGAACAAAGGGAUCUUCAUCAGGUGUAUGGAGCCCGUUGAGAAGUGUCUGCAGGAUGCUAAAGUAGAUGCUGAGAGUGUCCAUCAUGUUGUUCUUGUCGGUGGCUCUUCUAGAAUUCCCAAAGUGCAACAACUUUUGGAGGAAUUCUUCAAUGGAAAGGAGCUUUGUAAAGGUAUAAAUCCUGACGAGGCUACCUUUACUGUGGCAUAUGGGGCCGCUGUUCAAGCUGCAGUCCUGAGUGGAACUGGAAAUGGGAAGCUUCAAGACUUCAGCCUUUUGGACGUCACACCUUUGUCACUUGAGGUUGAAACUGGUAGAGAGCGAGACAUGACAGUUGUGAUUCCAAGAAACACCAGCAUUCCGGUAAAGAAGAACUACACUGUAACUACUCGCCAUGACAACCAAUCUGUUGUUAAAUUUGCUAUCUAUGAGGGUGAGAGUACAUCAACUGUGAAUAAUAACUUUUUGGGUGAUUUUAGGCUCCGUGAUAUUCCUCCAGCUCCCAGGGGUGUUCCUAAAUUCAAUAUCUGCUUUGACAUUGAUUCCAGUGGCAUUCUUAAUGUAUCAGCUGAGGACAUGCUAACUGGGCAGAAGAAAGGGAUCACCCUCACCAGUGAGGGUAUUGAGAGGAUAGCAUAA